AGUACGCAGUAGCAAAAGCGAAAACAUUAAAUAAUUUUUAGUUAAUUGAAAAUAUCAUUUGAACAAACUAAAAAAUCUUAAACUGGUAAAAUGGUAUCUAGUGAGGAAGAGGCGGAUGUUAAAACUGGAGACACAGUUGAAUGGGAUGUCGAUAUGGAGAUUCAAUUAUUUUACGCGAUGGCCAAUCACAAGCCGGUUGGAAUAAAUAAACACUUUCAAAUGGCUUGUAUUUGGGAGAAAUUGUCGAACUCAAUAACAAAAGAGAUAUCAACACAUGAUAUUUGGAGGCAUUUAGAUACUUUAUACGAUAUGACGAUGUUGGACGAAACAGAGCCAAUACCAUUUCCGAACCACGAAGUUCCGUUUAGUUUACCGGAGAAUGAGUUUGGUGCUAUGAUGAAACAAAAAUGUAAAGAUAAUAUUUUAGCUGAUGACAGUGAAGACGGUCGGAGUCCAUCACCAAAAACAUCGACACCCAGGAGCAAUUCCAGAGGUACUGCUUCAAAGGAUGGUACGCCUAAAGGUCGGAAGGAUAGCAUAGGUGCACUCGCUACAAAGACAAGAAAGGAAAGCGGCAGCUCUCACGCUUCUACAGACACACCGAGUAUCAAAUCCGAGAAGGAAUAUGAUCGAAGAAGAGACUCAAGAGAUUCAAAUGCAUCAGGACCAAAAGAGAAUUCUUCUAGCCGAAAAACAACAUCGCAAAGGGAUAAGCCGCCCAAAUCUAAAGUUAGCUCUGUUGCAGCCUGGGAUUCCCCGCUUAUCGAUGAGGACAGUGGCUCCCGACGCGGGCGUCGCAGAGCAAACACAUCAACACCACCAGCCACAACACCAGCGAAACGCCGGCGAAUGUGACAUUCGCAUACACAUUCCUACCACCAAUUCUUCUGACACACACAACGCCCGUGGUGGGGAAACCGCACCAGCCAGGCGCGGGCGAGACGGAACCACGCUGUCAACGUGUUUUUCUCUUAGUGUUGGUCUAUGUCAAAGACUGUUGUGUGCUUAUACAGAAAUAACUUUAUAUGGUGUUACUUAAACUUGAUACGAUUUAUUGUAAUGUCAUGAAAUUGGAUCUUAAAGUGAAUAAUGGCGUAGCUAGUGAGAAGCUAGUAUUUUUAUAAGAAUAAUGUAAAUAGUAUGAA